CUUUGGAUCGGUAUCGGUUAUGUUCCUCGGAUUCAUUUUUCCAAAUCCUAAUAAUUACAUGAAAAACAAAUAUCAACAUAUUUUUCAAAAUAUACACCCGCGCGCCUGCGCGGGUCAAAAUCUAGUAUUAUCUUAUAUUGAAAUGAAAGGAGUGUGUGUAUAUAUGCAUCCCAUGCAUAUAUGGAUGGAGCAAAAGGAUUAAUUGGGAUCUGUGAAAUUAGUUACACAGAGAGAGAGGAAGCCGAGGGCAAAAGGGUCAUUUGGAAAGCAGAUAUUCUCUGCAACAAGCUACGCAAACAAACAAAGAAGAGACAGCUUAAACCCUUUCAUAAAACCUCUCCCAACCUCUCUCUCUCUCUCUCUCUCUGUAACUAAUAACUUCGAAAAUGGCAGAGCCACCACCGUCGGCUUUCCACCAGUACAUGGGUCCUCCACCAAAACACCGAUCAUCAUCAUCCACCAAAAAACACUCCUUCCCCGGAACUCAUCAACACCCCAACAUCCACCGUCUCUUCCCGUGCCAGUACUGUCCACGCAAGUUCUUCACCUCCCAAGCUCUCGGCGGUCACCAAAACGCCCACAAACGCGAACGCGCCGCCGCUCGCCGCAACCUCGGCGUUGUUGCUCAUGCUCCAUCCGUCAUCGACGACGCCACUUUCUUCCGUUCCUCCUACCCGUGUAACUACUACUACCCUAACCCACCUCAAGGAUCCACUUCGGUGACCGGAUCGACCUGGAACGUACCGGAUCAACAGACGAUGAUGGUGGGUGGGUACGUCGACCCGUAUCCGUAUCCGUUUGCGUACCCAUUCGGAUUUGCCGGCGAUAUUGGUGGCGUGGAGGAAGAGGAGCCAGAGCUGGAUCUCUCUCUCCGUCUAUGA